AUGUCUACACUUCCAUCAAAGAGUGAAGACAAACUCGAGAAAAGUCCUAUUAGUACAGACCAACUGCAGGCCUCUAGUACUACCUCGAACUACGAUGAUCUUUACGACGAUAUAUCCCCCGAGUUGCAGUCUUUGGCAUCUCGGAAGGAGUCACACAGGGCAAGCGAGCGCAAACGGAGGGAAAGACUGAGCGUCAGUAUGGCAGCUCUAGAUUCCAUCAUCCGUUCUACGCGUAAGUUUGCGAAUAAGAAGAAUGUGAAGCUGGAUAAAAACUCCGUUAUCGAGCAUGCUAUUGCCUAUAUCAAGGAGCUUCAGCAGGUGAACGAAAUCUAUGAAAAACGGCUUGAAGAAUCGAUGACCCAAAUAAAGUCAUUACGAGAAAUAAUAUCAAAUUAUGCCUGUAAUAUGAACGUUUCCCCAUUUUUGCCGAGGAGCACCCAAACUCCCUUUCCUGCUCCUCCUCCUGUAGAUGUCACUCCUAAACUUAAUCAGCAGCAGUUUUACGGUUAUAUGUCUCCUGCAAUGAACUAUUCCAUACCAACCAUGCCCAUGCCCGUAGAUAACUCGAGGCAGGUGCAAUGGUCCUAUUUUCCACAGCCUGUUGAGGUGCAACUACCUCCGCGUCCUUUUGAUACCUUGGUGAAGGUGGCAACACAGACCCUGACCGACAAAUAAUAAUGAUAGUAGUGCAUAAU